AAUCUGAUAAUUCUAAUGAUUUGACGAUCAAUAAAGAAAAGUAUUUAACCUACCUUCCCCAUAGUGGUUUCAAUAAUCAAAGAAUUGGAUUAGAAAAUGCAAUAUUUUUGGCAUGGUUUUUAAACAGAACUCUAAUAAUACCACCUAUCCUUCUUUUCGAAGGAGAUGCAACAUUUUUUUGGCAGCGAUAUGAUAAAUUAUAUAAUUUUUUGUCACAAAAUAUACUUCCUAACAGAAAUCAAUUUAAAUUUAAAUUAUGUUCAAAAAACAGCACAGAAUGUGUUCAAGCUUUUGGUUUAAGUUUUCGAAUAGCUCCAAAUAAUAGUUCAAUAGUAACUUAUACCAUGUAUAAUUGGGACGAAUUAUUAGAUUUUACAUUUUUAAACAAUUAUAUUAAAUACAUUAAUCGUCAAGAUUUUAAUUACGAACAUUUAUUGAAAUCACUUCACAUUUAUGAUAGUUCAGAGGUGUAUAACUUAACUAAAGACGAAAACCGAUAUCAACAACGUUAUUAUGAUGACAUUACAUCAACGAUUGAACUCAAUAAUUUUAAAGAACGAGUGAAUUUAAUCGACUUAAAACAAAGAUCAGAAAAAUUAUUACAUUUUGCAAGUGUGUUUUCAAGUCAUAGAAUUGUUCGACAAUUACCUGAAAGUGAAAAUUUUUGGAAUAUGCUUAUAAAAAAAACGUUACCGAACAAUCCUACUUUAAUUAAUAUUACGGAAAAAAUUGUUGACAAAAUUAGAGGAACAAAUAAUUUUAUUGGUGUACAUUCAAGAUUAAAAGAUAAUUCCUUUCUCAAGAGUCAAAAUAAUACAGUACAAAGUUUCAUUAAAGGAAUUGAAAAAGAUUUUGAAGGUGACGUUUGUUUAAAGACAAAUAUAUUUCUGGCAACAGAUAUAAAACGAGAUCAUAUUGCCCUUCAACCAUUGUUUCAAAAUUUCUCAUCAUGUAUCUACAUGCUAGAUGAUUUUAAUGAUCUUUUAGAACCUUUAAAAUUUUUAAAAAAACCUAGAGAUGGUAUGAUCAUGUAUGAAUUCUUUGUAACGUUAAUAGAUUUACUAGUAGUGUCAAAAGGUAAUAAGGUCUAUGGAACAGAAGGUAGCACCUUUUCAAGUUAUGCCAAACAAUUACAUAACGCAUGGAUUAGAUAA